GUUAAAUGCAAGCAUUCUGCCCUUUUCUUCAUCCUCCAGCGCCCGCGUGUGCGUCCUUUACGUUCAUGAACACUCACCUGUGAGGAUGAGCGUGUGUCUUCUCUGGCUCGGCCUGAGCGCACUGUGGCAAGCGGCCGACAUACAUGCAGCGGUGACCAUUGAUCAGGUGAUGCUGACAGUGCUUCCUGCUAGUAAUGUGGAGAGUGGCACUGAGGUGAUCUUUCGUUGUGAGGCCAGUGUCAGUCAGAGCCUCUCCCAGUCGCUGACAUACUCCUUCAGACUCCUGCAGGACGAUCAGGUGGUGUACGCCGAAAAUAUCAGCGCCUCAGUGAUGGAGCACAGCUUAUCUUCUGUCAGGGUGUCCAACUCUGGUCACUACAAGUGCAGUGUCCACAUCUACGACAAGCACAAAAUGAGCAACGACCUGUCAUUAAGCGUCACAGGUCUUCAGAUCCCUACGCUGAAGGUGAAGUCUGACAUUGUGUCUGAGGGGGAAGACAUUAUUGCCACAUGCAGUGCAUCAGAGGAAAUAGGCAGUCUGGUCUUCUACUUCUACGAGAAUGAUCUGGAAGUCAAGAGAGUCAAAAGUAACAGCAACUCUGUAAAGUCCAUUCUGACCACGCAGAAGGUCACAGAAAUCUACCUGCGUUGUGCCUAUAUAGUUAUAAUGCACUCUAAUGCUGGUUUCUCCAACAAAAGCAACAUGGUGAAAGUCAUUGUACGAGACCUUGAUGCGAUCACCCCACAGAUAAGCAUCUCACCCAAAGGGAAUGUUGUUGAGGGUGACAGGGUGCAGAUCACAUGCAUGGUGAAAUAUCCCUCAGAUCUUGAGUUGUACCUCACUAAAAACAUCACCAUUCUUCACAAAUCUCAUACAACCUUCACAAAGAGCCUUGUAGUAAGAGCUGAGGACUCAGGGGACUAUGUGUGUAAAGCAGAGAAAGGCAGCGUGCAAAAGAAGGCAGUCUAUAUGCUACAUGUCGCAGAACUGUUCUCUAAGCCGAUUUUGAGAAUGAGCCCAGAGGAGGUUUUCGAAGGCGAUCGCUUCAAUCUGACCUGCAGCAGUAAUGUAACCUCCUCUGUGAAGAUCGGAAAAGCAGACAUAAAGUAUGUUUUGCUGAAAGAUGGUGGACGCAUUAAAGAAGAUGCAGAAUACGAAGACACUGCGAGCCCCGCCACCAAUGGGAAAUACUACUGCAUGGCAAUGGCUAAAGAAGUUAACAAGACCAGCUCACCACAUGAUGUAAAAGCUAAAGUGCCUGUUUCUGCCCCGGUCAUUUGUGCUGUUGAUGAGGUGAUUGUUGGUAAGCCGUUCAGAGUUUCAUGUGAGGCUGAAAGUGGAACGCUUCCAAUAAACUACACCUUAUUGAAGACCCACGUUCCAGUGGCUCACAGGACAGUGGUUACAGCAGCCGACAGGGCGAUCUUUAACGUAACCUCCAUCAGUUUUCCAGAAGACAUCAACACCUUCACAUGUCGGGCUUAUAACCGUGGGUCAUCGUUCAGUAGGACCAGUGAACCCCUUGCAUCACCCGUCAUAGUACCAGUUUCCAGGCCUGUCCUGGAGACAAAGGAGGAUACAAUCUCAGAGGGGUCAGACCUUACCCUCAUCUGCCGUGUACAACAGGGCACUUACCCCAUCACCUUCACCUGGUAUCAUAACAGAGUUAUACUCCGUCCUUCCAUCAAAGAGGUCAGAUCCUCCGAAGGAAGACACGUCAUCAAAGCCAUCAAACGAGAGCAGAGAGGCAACUACUACUGUGAGGCAUCUAAUUACGCCUCGGAAACCAAAGAAAGUGAUCCAGCCAAAAUUGAUGUCAGUUUAGCGCUGUGGAAGCAGGCUGUUAUUGGAUUGCUCUGUAUCUUGCUUUUGGUGGCUAUCGUCAUAGUCCUGACAUUCUUUUUUAAGAGAGUGUCCCACCCACGCAGACGAAAGCAAGAAACUGAGUUAUCAGUAAAACCUUCAAGGCCCAAAUCAGGUGACCCGAUGAGAAUAAGCCUUACUCUCGACAUUGAAGAUAACACUGUUCUCAAUGGAACUCCCGGUGUGAUGGGCAGGAACGUCUGGAGUGGAAAUGCAUCCGGCUCAGAUUCUGACGAUCCUCCCGAUGAAGACUCUAAGCUGGUUCAGCCACAGGAAGUGGGUCUCUGCAGAGAAGUUCCUGUGACGAAAAGCAUAGAGCACCAUUACAGUGUCCAACACACAGAGGUCCAGGUGUCCACACCAGGAGUUUUGGAACAGGCUGAUGGCCAGGCAGCUGUGGAAUAUGCACAACUCAACAACAGUGAGCAAGGACCUGCAUAGACUCUUAACACUUAACUCUUAAUUUAUUCAGUUUCUCCACCACCAGAAGCUGAUUUAUAUCCAAGUGCUGACAUUGAACAUUUUGCUUUGUUGGUAUUAUUGACAUUACUUUGUGACUUAGGUUGUUUGUUUUGUUUUUGCUUUCUUUUUUUUUCUUUUUUUCUUUUUUUUAUGAAUAACAUUUUGUUGUGAUGUUUAUAUAUGAGCGAUUUAAAUCUGAGCAGUCAAAUCAAGCCUUUGGCUGGUUUUCUUAGUUUUUUUUUUCUCUUUGGUGUGUGUGUGUGUGUGUGUGUGUGUGUGUGUGUGUGUGUUUUCUUUUUCUAUGUUUUUUUUUUGUUAAGUGAGCAAAAAUUUGUUAUGAUGUUUAUAUAUGAGGGAUUAAAAUCUGGAAGA